GAGAAUAAACCAUGCUGCCUUCACAGCCUUGGCAGUCUGAAACAUCUAGAGGAAACAGAGGAAUACUGCUAACGAGACAGUGUUCAUGAAGGAGGAAUACUGCUAACGAGACAGUGUUCAUGAAGGAGGAAUACUGCUAACGAGACAGUGGUCAUGAAGGAGGAAUACUGCUAACGAGACAGUGGUCAUGAAGGAGGAAUACUGCUAACAAGACAGUGUUCAUGAAGGAGGAAUACUGCUAACGAGACAGUGUUCAUGAAGGAGGAAUACUGCUAACGAGACAGUGGUCAUGAAGGAGGAAUACUGCUAACGAGACAGUGGUCAUGAAGGAGGAAUACUGCUAACGAGACAGUGUUCAUGAAGGAGGAAUACUGCUAACGAGACAGUGGUCAUGAAGGAGGAAUACUGCUAACGAGACAGUGUUCAUGAAGGAGGAAUACUGCUAACGAGACAGUGUUCAUGAAGGAGGAAUAUUGCUGAGGAGACAGUGGUCAUGAAGGAAAGGAGACAAGGAAAGGAUGCUGUCAGGGACACAGCACACUGUAUAUGUAAAUGAAGGUGUGAUACUGAUGUCUCCACCGGUGGUGUGAUGCUGCUUUGUUCCCUCAGGAAGGAAGUCUCUCAGCUCACACUGCAGACGACAGAGCGGAACUGCUACAAGUCUGAGUGUUCUGAGGCUUGUGUGUGACCUCUCACCCAGGAAAAGUUCACUGCUGAGGACCUCUGUUUGACUACUGGAGCCGACACCACAGAGAGGAAUGGACAGAGAGGGAGGGAAGUAGAACUAACAAUCAUCUCUGAGUGUGUGGGAGACAGAAAUGUAGAGAAUCUUCAUGGAUGGAAUCUCAGACCUGUGGAUAUACAAGUGAGUGUCUGUUGAUAUCUGGAGCCCCAAACAUGAGAAGAUUGCAGUUCAACCAUUCUGACGUUUCUGUUGGGGCAGACAAACACCUUUCCUACCAGGCCUGUGCUGCUACCAGGCCUGUGCUGCUACCAUGCCUGUUCUGCUGUCGAAGACUUCUGUGAUGAUUUUGACCAGUGGUUAAACUCUGCAAAAAGGAUUACUGGGAUUCUUAAACUGUCACCUUUUACUACAUACUACGUUUGGAAUAAUUCAACUCGCACUGGACCCAUUCCCCAGUGAGGGGAAAUACACAACAGGCUCCACAAUGGCCACCGGACAGUUGAGACAGAAUGGUGGUGUGAGGGACGUGAUCCCAGAGGAUGGCAGUGACAGGGGAGGAAACUGUGGCAUUGCAGGGAAGUUGGCUGGAGACCGGGGCAGGACAGAGUGGAGAAGGCUAAACCUGCCCAAAAGGAGUAAGAGUUUAGACUGGAGUGGAAGGGGGGCUAGCCCUGGCGAGGGGCCCAGAACUGGGCUGCUGAGGUUUUCUGGGAACCUAGGGGGGUCCACACUUAAACGAGCAGAGAGUUUGGAGAGUAGGAGGGCAGGAGAGAGCAAUGUGUUGUCCAGGGUGAAGGCCUUUAACUCAGUUGGACCAGGGGAAGUGAUGAGCCCCGUUGGGGGGUCAGGGCGUUCUCUUGGUGAAGGGGUGUCCCCUGUGGGUCUAGCGUAUGUGGCUAUAUCUCUGGAGAGGGCCAGUGGGGGCCAGUCCCUCCCCACCAGGCUGAGUUCUAGUCCUGGUCCUGGGUCUGGAACCAGAAAACUAGACGGUGGAUCUCUUGGAUCCUCCAGGGGUCAGAGUAUCUGGGACCGGAUACAGAAGCUCUAUGGGACUACUGGAACUGAUAAAGCUACUAACAGAGAUGAGGAUGUGAAGGACUCAACCAGAACCAAGCGUCUCUCAGCACCGGUAGGAGACUGGUCUCUAUUGGAGAGGGAUGGGGGGGAUACAGCAGCCAAUCGCAGGAAGUCCACCACAGACUCUGUCUUUGUCUCCCCCCUCUCCUCCCCCUUUUCCUCCCCCCUCAGUGGAUUAUCCAGGGGGGAGAGGAACGGCCUGCUCUCACACACACCCCUAGUAGAACAGAACACCACACACACACCCCUGGUAGAACAGAACACCACACACACUACACACACACCACAGAGACAUCAGAAUAGUGCAGUCAAGGUGUCUGGUUUGAGCCCCCCACUGUCUCCAGUGUCAGGGUGUACCACACCCACACUCUCAUACAAACCCUCACACACACCCUUAGUGGAGGGGUCAUUAGUGUGCAUUAGGGACCCCUCACUAUCCCCUGCAUUAGGAGACAAACAGGAGAGAGGGAAAAAGGAGGUGACAAACACUGUGGGCAAAAAGAGUGGAAGUAGUGAAGACAGCGAAAAGGAGAGAGUAAGGGUGGGGAGCAUGGCUCAGGAAAAGGAGAAAGUAAGAGUGGGGAGCAUAGCUCAGGAAAAGGAGAGAGUAAGAGUGGGGAGCAUGGCUCAGGAAAAGGAGAGAGUAAGGGUGGGGAGCAUAGCUCAGGAAAAGGAGAAAGUAAGGGUGGGGAGCAUGGCUCAGGAAAAGGAGAGAGUAAGAGUGGGGAGCAUAGCUCAGGAAAAGGAGAGAGUAAGAGUGGGGAGCAUGGCUCAGGAAAAGGAGAGAGUAAGGGUGGGGAGCAUGGCUCAGGAAAAGGAGAGAGUAAGGGUGGGGAGCAUGGCUCAGGAAAAGGAGAAAGUAAGAGUGGGGAGCAUAGCUCAGGAAAAGGAGAAAUGGACUGAUGUCGAAGGAAAAGGACACAAGAAAAAGGAGGUUGAGAAGCGAGGGAGAGACAACUCUGAAGUCUUUCUCCCCCAGCACAGACUAUCAGUGACACCCACCAGGGACUCUCAGCCUAUCACAAUGUCCGGAGUAGGGGUCACCACAGGGUCAAACCCCCUCCUGACCAAUCAGCUUAAUGGGAAAACUGACACCUAUGACAGGAGCAAGACCCCUGGUAGAGGCGUGGCCAGGGAACAGAGCCUGUCAGAAGAUGUGUUUGAAGCCAACACCCCACAGAGGAUAACAUUACAGAACACAGAAAAUACCAAGUUACCUGGGAAACUGGUAGUGCCCUCUGCAGCCAGUGUGAGGAACAAGAUCCACCAGUUUGAAGCUCUGACACAGACAUCUCAGGUCCCAGUGCCCAGACGGACUUUCUCUGUCCCAGAGCAGCUCAGCGAGUCUGGAGAGGGGGUCAGGAAUAGUGGGUUGGAUAGACAGGUACGCGGGGUGGGGGGAGUAUGGGAGAGAGGGAGAGGAGGAAGAGAGGGAGGAAUUGUAAUUAUGGAUGGGAGGAGAGAACGAGGAGAAGGGGUAAGGAAGAGUGUGCCAGAUAAAGCACUUGGUGGAGGGAGAGGAGGUGAGGUAGUGAGAGAAGAGAGGAAGGCUGAUAGAGGGUGGGCGCUGAGGUCUAUGUCAGUGGAUGAGGUGAGGCUGGGGAGCAGGGAGAGAGGGGGAGUAGGGGAGAGAGGGAGAGUAGGGGAGAGCGGGGGAGUGGGGGAGAGCGGGGGAGUGGGGGAGAUAGGCAGAGUAGGUUAUAGAGGUUUAGUACGGGGAGUGGGGGAGAAUGCUGUUGGCUCUGGUACGUUUUCCAACCUCAAGGGUAAACUAGACAUCCCUCUGAAUGGCAAAACCACCAGAGACACUCUGAGAGACUUUUCCAUUGAUGAGCCAGACCUCCCCAAUCACACAGUCACACCCCAGGACUGGAGUAGGAGAGGCACCAACACAAAGACUACUACAGUCACUGCCAAGGAUACUUCAUCCUCCCAGAUGUCUAACUCUGUGAACAACUCCAAUGACGUUCUAGGCGGCCCUGACCAGUCUAGGAGGCCUCACAGUAGAGACUCACCUAACCUGCCAUCUCCAGUGAGCGAUGACGACAAGACACCCACCAACACCCCCCAGAACUCCCCCUUCCACCCCCAGAACACAUCUCCCACCUCCCCACACCUCCCCACUACUUCCCUGCAGCCUAAACACCAACAGGGUGUAGAUUCAGGCCUGGCUGACCUAAAGAACCCUCCAGUCUCCACACACACAGCCCAGGGUAGGGUCACUACUGACCCUGCUAUCCCAGUCUCACACUCUGGCCUGGGGAGGGAUUCCCUGUCCCUCCCCAGCAGCCUACCCCUCCUCCCCACUCUGGCUCGAUGGAACUCAGAGGAGGGGGGAUGGAGUGAUGAGGAUACUGAUGAUGAAGGUACAGAGAAGGACGAGGACUCCACCUACGACUCAGACUCUGCUGAAUCCUCGGUGACCGUCACCAGCGCCAUGAGCCAAUCACAUCGCAGGAGCUUCUCUCUCAGUCUGGCAGAGCUGUGUAACUUCGGAGAGGUGGACUAUGAUCCCCAGUCUUCCUCUGACAGUGAGGAGUGGCCGUCCAGCCGGUCAGCCAGCCGGUCAGCCAGCCUGUCGUCUGACGUGUCGGCAUUGUCCUGUGUGUCUGUCCUGGGCAGUGAUGAGCUGAACCGCCUGCUGGACGACGUAAAGGGCCUGGGGGACACAACGCUGCAGAACUAUGAGGAUGUCCAGGUGGUGGUUCUCCAUAAGGAUGUUGGUGUGGGACUGGGCUUCACCAUGGCAGGAGGAGUGGACCAGAACAAACCUGUCAUUGUCCAUAAGGUGUUCCCGGCAGGGGUGGCUGCUAAGGAGGGAUCCAUCCAGGAGGGAGACAAGGUCCUGUCAAUCAACGGCACAGCGCUGUGUGGCUCCUCCCACUGGGAGGUGCUGAGGACACUAAGGAGGGCACGGACUCAGGGCAUGGGCGUGGUUGUCUUGAGGAGAGGGGGGGUAACAGACCCCUGUAAGGGAAGAACAGUGACUGACAGUCGAGGAGGGACAGAGACAGAGCCUGCUAACACUGGUCAGAGGGUGUGUGUGAGGCUGGAGAAGCGCAGCAGAGACCUGGGCUUCAGUCUGGAGGGAGGAGUGGGUUCCAGCCUGGGAGACAAACCCCUCACCGUACAGAAACUCUUCCUGGGUGGUCCAGUGAACCAGGUGUCUCCAGGGGACGAGGUGAUGGAGAUCGAGGGUGUGAGCUUGGUGGGCCUGAGGAGGCUGGAGGCCUGGACCUUGAUCAGAACACUGCCCCCUGGGCCUGUGGAUGUGGUACUACACCGUCCUGACAAACCACAGUGACAGGAAGGAACAUUGAUAUGCACCUUCGAUAUGCUUAUAACAAGGCACUGAAGCAUUGUACUCCUAUGAGGUUGAAGUGAGGGUUGCCAAUCUGAUUUUGGAUAUGUGGUUCGGGUCAACUUCUACCUCAAGUGAGAGGGAUGAUAUGUAUUGCAGCAGUCAUACGAUGACAAAGCACUGAAGAGACCAGUAAACACUGAGGAGAGGGCCUGUCUGUGUAUAGGGUCAACCCAGGGUAUGAAGAGGGAGACAGAGAUCAAUACAGGUCAUUUAUUUAAUGUUGUAGACAUAUGCUGUAUGUUUCUUUAAUACCUAGUCGGCCCAUUGUUUUAUAUGUUGAAAUGUAAGGAGUUUGUAUAUGGCUGUUGUAAUAUAUAUUGUGACUAGAAAGUUAAUAACCGUCCUCUGUCUACUUGCUGUUAAUAAAUCCUACAAUA